UGAAUUGGGAUUUGUGCAGGGUACUAGCAGUGUACGAAAAGCACCAACGAAGCCUCUUCACAAUAUCGCACUGCAAGUGUCGGUUGUUCAGAAUUUCAGAAAUAAUCUUCAUGGAUUAAAUUAGUAGAUUAUUCAAUCAAAGGUAUUUUUUAGGUUGUGGAAAACUGAGCCUGUUUGAACGAUUUUUUUCGUAUUUCAUCAAUUGUGUCGUUUACAACAUUACUGAGAGAACCCCAUUUCUUUUUUAUAAGAUUUGAAUAUUUAUUAGCAUCAAGAGGAUCAGAAUGACUGCUGAAAGACAUCCUUCAACAGAAAUGAAUGCUUCUGAGCAAGCAUCAGGUACUGAAUCUUUACAGAAAGGUUUCAACAAAUUUGCUCUUUGGUCGAAAGCUAUGGACGAGAAAAAAUCAUCCAAUUCAGGGCUGUUCUCUGUCGAUGAAAGUGAGGAAUUUCGAGAAUUGUGUGAAGCUUGCCGCCGAGGCGAUUUAGAGGUUGUUCGAAGUAUGAUUGAAAACUACAAUGUCCCUAUUAAUCGAGUUGAUAUCUUUGACUACUCACCACUUGUUCUUGCCAGCCUGUGUGGUCAUGAAGAGGUUGUUAAAUAUUUAUUGGAGAACGGAGCAAUUUGCGAGCGUGAUACCUUUCAAGGAGAGCGCUGUCUUUACGGUGCAUUGAAUGAUCGCAUCCGUAAAAUGCUUUUGUCUUACAACAUCACGAAGGCCGUGGAUGAGUCUCAACCAUAUGCUAGUCAUAUCACAUCUUUGCUUUCCAAUCCUGCUUUUCAUUUUACCUCUGAUGUUACUUUUUCUGGUAACAGUAUAUCUUUACCUGGUCAUAAAUUCUAUUUGGCCUCAAAAAGCCCGUAUUUUAAAGCAAAAUUCUUGAAAUUAGGUGAUGAACAGAAAGAAGUUUCUAUCAAGAGAAACGAAAAAGAAUUGGAGGCUGUUUUACGGUUUUUGUACCUAGAUUAUCAUCCUUUGUUAGCCAAGCAUGAUACAUCCGCUUUGGUGUCAAUUGCCAAGAAAUUUUCUUUGACAGAUUUUGUCGAUACCUAUCAAAGUAACCAAGAACAGAUGCGUUCCCCAGAGUGGAGAAAGCGCCAAUUAAUACAUACACAAGAGGAUAUGGGUCGUUUUUUGAGAGAAAUAGUUCGAAACUACAGGCAAACGAUAUCAGAACCGAUUGAAAAUUUACCUCUUCAGUGCUCUUUCCAUGAUGCCUAUUUACAAUCUGAGACUCAUCGCUACCCCGUUCAUCGGGCAAUUCUCUGCAGAUCUGAAUACUUUAUGGAUAUGUUCACUGGCCCUUUCUUAGAGGGUAACCAAAGUUUACCAGUUGUUUCUCUUCCUUUUUCUAGCGAAAUUGUUGAAAUUGUUCUCGAAUUCCUAUAUUCAGACAAAGCCGAUAUCCCACCUUUUCUUGCAUUAGACGUCAUUUACGUUGCAGACAUGCUUUCACUCGAUAAAGAACGCAGUUUGAAGUCUUUGGCUUCAAUUUCAAUCACAAAGCAAAAAGAGCCGAAAGACAGUAUUUAUGAUAUAUUGCGAACCGCAUGGGACACAUCAACGACAAGGUUGGAGCAAUAUGCUUCUGAGUACAUGGCAAAUCAUUUGGAAGAAAUCAUUGAUGAUCCAGAGUUUCAUGAACUUGUCGUCGAAAGUGCUGAUCGUAUCCUUCAUCGUCAGGAAACUGACACAAUUGAACUUAUUGAUGAUAUUCGCUAUUUUCUUUCGAAACGCUAUGGUAUUUACCAUGAAGAUUUGUGUGUGGACGGUUAUGUGGAUACGUUAACACCGUAUGAAAAAGAUUAUAAUCACAGAAUGGAUAUGAUUGAUAAUCUGUUGACACAGCUCAAUUUAGGAGCUUGAGCAUUCAGAUAUUUUUUUUUAUUAUGUUGAUGUUUUGUCUAUGCAAAGGUUUUGGUAUAAGUUAUGAUAGAAUAAAAGCUAGUAAUUUUGAUAUAC